GCGCAGCAGCUUCCGGCGCCGUCUUGGCGGGGGCGGGAAGUGAGGGCGACUGGGCGCGGGCUGGCUGGUGGCUAGGGCUUCCCGACCCUGCGGCCUUUGGCGCGUCCUUUUGUCCUUCCGGGCCUCCCUCUCCUGCAGCGUGGUCGGGGUUCGGUGGUCUCCGGCCCUUCCCUCCCCCCGGCCCGGUUCAUUCGUUCGACCCUGAGCUGGCCGCUCUCGGAGGAGUGGGUGGGGCGCGACGAGCUGGCCGAGCCGAUGUGCGGCCGGGCGCGGUGGGAGCCGAGCCCGCGGUGGUCGGGGAGGAGGGCAGCGCAAAGGAGGGGAUGCCCGAACCGGAGCUUCAGGAGUAAGCGGCGUUCCUGUGUUGUGGAAGGUGCGGGGACGCUGUACUGAGUGCUACAUCUGCAGCAUCCCUGAGUCUUCAUAACAGCCCAUUGUGAUGGAGAGUCUAUUCUCCUCAUUUUAUAGUUGAGGAAACUGAAGCCUCGGUAGCUUCGCGCAAGUUAGUCACACAGUAAAUGGUAGCGUCAGAAGUUGAAUUCCCAAGCCUAGACUCCUAACCAUCUCUCUGCACCGCCUCAUUACCACACCUGUAAGCCAAGUGUUUGAUAAAUGCCCUUUGAGCAUCCUUUGUCGCAGCUCUGUAUUUGCCGGCCGUCUGAGGGAAUACAGCUAGGUAGAAGCCUCAGCCCCUGCCUUCUAGGCCGUGUACCCCGAACAGUCGACUGAAAGUACAAAGCAAAGUGCUCCAGUGAGUGUGGGCUGUUCAGGGGAGGACUCAGCUGGAAUUGCUGAAUGCGUCAGAAAGGAGUCUGAUUUGAGCUGGGUGUGAUUUGGAAGAUCAAUGGAAGGACGUUCCGGGCCGGAGACUGCCAAAGCAAAGACUCAGGUGUAAUUCUUCCAUUUCUGAAAACGCCCUGCUGCCUCUCUUCAGAGCCAUCAAGCCUGUACCUGAAAGUGUCUGCUGGCCUUGGAGUGCUCAACUUCACUUGGACUCUCUGCUUUGUUCUGGAAAUAUGUGGGCUUCAGCUCAAGCAGUGUCAAAACAGGCCACGCCUACAGACCUCCCAGGAGGGCAAAAUCCCUUUUCCUCACCCACGAAGCUGGAUUCAUCUUGUUGGAUAUGAGACCUUUUCUUUACUGCUGUCAUCUUUUCUUCCGUAUAGUAUUCACAUGGCUCACAAUCUGAGUUAUUUAUGCUGGCACGCCUUCAUUCCCGGUACCCUCCACUGUCUCUUCCUUAAUCCUGCUGCAGCUGCUCCUUAGCCCAGGCCCCGAGACAGAAUGGUUCCUGUGGCAGCAGCUGAUACUAUUUCAGAAGGCAGCAACAUUUGAGGAUAUGACCAAAAAUUGGAAGUGUUUGGAAUCCUCUCAGAAGGACUGCCCCAGGGACGCAAUGCUGGACAAUUAUGAGAACAUGGUCCCUCAGGGAUCCUUCUUGCAGUUCUCCGUCAUGCCACAGAUAGCUGGAAAUGAUACCCCUGGUGUUUCAAAUACAAAUGAAAUGGAAAUGGAGAGAAGUAACAUGAGAGAAAAGUUUCUUAUAAGCGUGACAAAAUUAGUAGAAAGUAAAAGUUACAACAGCAAGGUAUUUUCCAAAGAAAAGUACUUUCAAACAAUAAAAGAAGUCAAAGAAGCUAAGGAGAAGGGGAAGAAGUCAUCACGUGAUUAUCGCCGUGCAGCUAAAUAUGACGUAAUCUCUGUACAAGGCACAGAGAAACUAAUAGAGGCUAAUCAUGGAGAAAGAGAUCGAAUACGGUAUUAUGUACAUAAGGAAGAGUUGUUUGAUAUUCUUCAUGAUACACAUCUCAAUAUUGGACAUGGUGGGCGGACGCGCAUGCUCAAGGAGCUACAAGGAAAAUAUGGGAAUGUCACUAAAGAAGUCAUUGUCUUAUAUCUGACUCUGUGUAAACAGUGCCACCAGAAGAACCCAGUACCCAAGAGAGAUCUUGCACCCAAGCCCAUGCCUUUCAAGUAUAUUGACUCCAGAUGCCAAGUUGAAAUAGUUGACAUGCAGUCAAAUGCUGAUGGUGAGUUCAAGUUUAUUUUAUAUUACCAGGACCACUUGACCAAGUUUAUUAUUUUACGACCAUUAAAAGCCAAACAGGCCCAUGAAGUGGUCAGUGUCCUAUUGGAUAUUUUCACAAUUCUUGGUAUACCCACCAUGUUAGAAUCUGACAGUGGCAUAGAAUUCACAAACCAGGUUGUUAAUGAGCUCAAUGAGAUAUGGCCAGACCUAAAUAUUGUCUCUGGUAAGUACCACCCUGGCCAAGGCCCGGGCUCCCUGGAGCAAGCAAGCCAUGAUGUCAAGAACAUGAUAAGUGCCUGGAUGCAGAGCAACCACUCAUGUCACUGGGCCGAAAGCCUGCGAUUCAUACAGAUGGUGAGGAAUCAGGCCUUCGACGUUUCUUUACAGCAAAGUCCAUAUGAGGCAAUGUUUGGUUGUAAAGCCAAACUUGGAUUAUAUUCUUCACACUUACCCCGGGAAACUGUGGCUGUUUUACAAACAGAGGAAGAACUAGAAAUCGCUGAAGAACAGCUAGAAAAUAGCCUUUGGAUUAGACGGGAAGAAAGGGCUGAGAAUGGAGCAGACAGAUUUGAUAUGGAUGAGGACGUCGAUCCCACUCCUCCUGAAGCUACAGAGCCCAGCACCUCACGAGGGGCUCCAGGUCUCUUCUGCUGGUGAACAGACACCUGCUGGGUGGAUGCUUUCAGUGUCUCUGGGCAUCAGACAGCCAUCUGAGAACUGUUGUCAAAGGCCCCAGGGGAAAGGAACAUGAAGGCUGCACUCUCAGUCAAGUUGUCCCUGGUAGUCCUUGCUCCAAGGGGAAGAGCAGAUCAAGUCUGUGAUCUAGGGCUGCCAUCACCAAUUCCCCCAAACUUGGCAGCUUAUAACAGCAGAAAUUUAUUCUCUCAUAGUUCUGGAGGCAGAAGUCUGAAACCAAGAUGUCGACAUGGUUUGUUCCUUCUGGAGGCUCUGAGGGAGAAUCCAUUCCAAGCCCUUCUCCUUUGUCUGGUGCCUGCCAGUAAUCCUUGACAUUCCUUGGCUUGUAGUACCAUAAGUCCAGUCUCUGCUUUGUCUUCAUGUGGUGUUCACAUGGCCUUUUCCCUUCUGUCUCCGUGUGUGUUCUUUUCUUUCUCUUAGAAGGACACCAUUGGAUACCAAAUCCAUGUCGUUGAAUUUAGGGCCCACCCUAAUCAAGGAUGAUCUCAUCUCUAGAUCCUCACCUUAAUUACGUCUGCAAAGACACAUUUUUCCAAUUAAGAUCUCAUUCAUGGGUACUGGGGGUUUGGACUUGGACAUAUCUUUUGGGAGGGACACAGUUCUACCCACUACAGUCAGUGGAAGAAUUAUUUUUGCCUGCAGAACAUGAGCUGAGGGUGUCUUAAGCAUGUAGAGCUGGUGGGGCUGUCCUACAUGUAUCUAGUACAUAUUCCUUCCCCUGCUUAUUCCUGUUCCUCAGUCACAUACCAAAAAAGAUGGGGACAUCAGAGGAAAAGAUGUAGAUGAAGGACAAGUAACGAGAAGAAAAGAGGUUGCUCCAACAUGACCUAAAGACUGGCCGCCUCACCAGCUGAGCUCUAUUUCCUGCUUCAAGAGAAACCAUUUGUGCCAUCCCUGCUCUCCGAAUGGCAUGCACAGGGAAUUGUGUGACCUGCCUGAAACAUUUUGAAAGUAGGUCAGAAUUAAAGCAUGGCUGGGAUUUGGGUCUGAGUCUACCAGUUUUCUAUGCCUCAAGCAUAGAAAAGCAUGUUGUAUUCCUGGAACAGGUCAGUGCAUUCCAGGAAGUGACCAAUAGGCUGGGAAACAAUCAAGGUCUCUGGAGGAAAACACAAAAGUUGGCCUGAGGUCACUACUCCAACCAGAGAAUAGAACAAGGGCCAGUCUGGGUCACAGUUCAGAGUAAGGAUAAGUGACCCAGCCAAAGGGAAGGAUCAUGCCUUGGAUCUGUGUACACUAAGUUUCUAAGGCCUGGAAGAGUGCUUUGUGCGUUGGAGGUAUUCAGCAAGGAUUUGUUGAAUGAAUAAAUGAUUCUGCAGAAUGGACACAGGGAAGGAGAAGGGGCCUCUAGUCCUUUAUUGCCCCACGCAUCCUUCCUGCAUAUCCCAGAGCCAUCUAAAACCAUUCUGAUUGCCCCUCGUGCUGGUUUCCUCUUCUGUUUCCACUUCUUACCUCACAGGGUCGUUGUGAGAGACAGUGAGAUAUGUAUGUGAAGGGGCUUUCUCCAUAAACACUGAAGUCCUACAAUGUGAGUUGUCCCUGCUGCUAGCAGAUCCUAUCCUCCAUGUGAGAAUUGGAGACUUCUGUCUGUUGACAUUACAUUCUGAAUUAAACAAUGUUAAGUUGGGUAUCCA